UGGGUUUGCUUUACUUCCGGGUGACGUAUGCGGAAUUACUUCCAACAUUUCGAGUGACGUACCUGGACAACCAGAAUCUUAUGCAAACGCGUUUGACAACUAAAUCGUGUUAAAAGCUGUCACGGAACAUGUCAACAAAACACAUAGGCAAGCCUUCACGGAGCAACAAGAGAAAUGAACUGGAACGAAAGAGAGACGAGCGGUCAGCACGCCGGGCGCUCGCCAAGGCCCGUAAGAAUCGACCUCAGGAUGGCGAUGAUGAAGCAGCAGCAGAGUUUCUCAGUUUCUCCACUCAGCUGCAGGCAAUGGGGCUGAUGCUGAGAGAAAUCCCUGGUGAUGGAAAUUGUUUGUUCAGAGCUCUCGGAGACCAGUUAGAAGGUCAUUCUCGAUCUCACCUGGAGCUACGUCAGGAGACUAUCGACUACAUGAUGUCCCAUCGACAAGACUUUGAACCCUUUGUAGAGGACGAUAUCCCCUUCCUGGAGCACUUAUCCAACCUGGCACAGCCUGGAACAUUUGCAGGCAAUGACGCUAUCGUGGCUUUUGCUCGCAGUCAGCAGGUGAAAGUGGUCAUCCAUCAGCUGAACACACCACUUUGGGAGAUAAACGGUACGGAGAAGCAGAUGUGUAGAGAACUACACAUCGCAUACCGCUAUGGGGAUCAUUACGACAGCGUGAGGCGCAUCGAUGAGAUCACAGAGUCUUGUGGUCAGAUACGCAUUCAGGUGUCCAACAAGCAGAGAAAGGAGGACAAAAGACACAAGAAGAAGCAGCGUCAAGAGGAACGAAAUAGACUCAAAGUCCUCAACAGACGCGAGCAGAACCAGAAACUACCAGAGGCUGUCACUUUAAUACCAGCUCUAAACACGCUCAGUAUAUGAGACUGACAUAUAGACCAAAGAAAGAACUGCUGGUGAAGAGUGUUUUCUCAAAAGAACUUUGCACAGUCAAAUUUGAUGAAGAGUCUCCCAAGGUGACAUUAAGAGUGCCUGCAAAUAUGGAGCUUGGAAAAGACACAGUGGGACAAACCUCCUCUUUGAGUAUUCUUGUGUUUGUGCCAAGACCUGAUUUUUACAAACAUUAAGUUUGUGUGUGCACACACAUAGGAUUAUUUCUUGAAACAUGUUUUUCAUGUCUUCAUUUGCUGAAGACUGAAUUCACUUUGAUUCUCCAGAUGAAUUGUUUGUUCCAUCUGACCAAAGGAAUAAGAGCAGGAAUCAUACCACAAACCGUUAUGCACCCCAUUUAUGAGGACUCAUAAUCUAAAUGCAGAUGAUAUACGUAUUCAUGUACAGUCAGACAUUAUUUAUUUAUCCAAUAGUAUUUAAUUUUAUGUCAUCCAAGUUUAUAGCAACACAACUGAGCAUGAACAAAUGGUUGCCCAAUCUUUGUAAAAUAAAGGGGUGGUGGGGGUGAUCCAUGAGUGUUUGCCCAUUAUUUAAUACUCUGCAGUGGCAUUCUUAAGGAUAAAGUGCAGACUACUACCCAGGUUGGUCAACAUAAGAGACACUAAACAGGUUACAUUCUGGUAAUUGUAUUGUUUUUCGUAGUUAGUUCAUCUGUCACUAUGUUAGGGAAUUAUGAAGCGGCCAGGCUUUAUAGUUUUCGCAGUGGUGUGAUGGGCAUGUAUCUUUGUUUUUGUUUUUUUGGGGGUGGGGUGUCCCAGGCCAUUUACCUUAUUCUUAUUGUCUUAAAUACGAAACGACAAACAAUUGUUCCAUACACAAGAAGACAAAAUGAAUCUCGUUAACCAAAGUAAAUCUUUUCUCUAACAAGGUGGACUAAUUAUGUUUUGCGUUUAGUUUGCAGGCUACUUUCUGGUUCAUAGAGAACUGAUGUAGACUUGAUGUGGACUGAUGAGGUGGUGUGGAAUUACUACCAGCAUUUUUUUGGUAGAAUUCUUUCUUUUCUUUCUUGGUAGAGGUAAAAUACACAACUCACAAAAGGCUUUGGAUAUUGGGCUAUAAAUUCAAAUUUUGGGAUGAAUAAAAUCCACAACUUUUACAGUUAA